CGAGGCUCGCGGGGCGCCAGCGCCUGGCCCCGGUCCUCGUCGCUUCGUGGCCUCUCCCUCGGUUCUGCCGUUUCUCCCCCAACCGCGGCUCCGUGGGGCCCGAGAAAGUCCGAAGCCACGGAGAAAAUGGUGGAAAAGUCACCGUCGCCGUUGCCAGAAAGAGCGAUUUAUGGCUUUGUACUUUUCCUAAGUUCUCAGUUUGGCUUCAUGCUGUAUCUUGUGUGGGCUUUCAUUCCCGAAUCUUGGCUACAGUCCUUCGGCUUAAGCUAUUGGCCUCAAAAACACUGGGCUAUUGCAUUGCCUGUCUACCUCCUUGUUACUGUAGUCAUCGGUUAUGUGCUCUUGUUUGGAGUUAACAUGAUGAGCACCGCUGCACUCAACUCCACAGAGACAGUCACGGAUAACUAUGCUAAAAAUCAACAGCAGAAGAAAUACCACGAAGAGUCCAUCCCAGCAUUAAGGGAUAUUCCUAUUAGUGAAGUAAACCAAAUGUUUUUUAUUGCAGAGAACUUCACACCAAAAACUGAACUGAACUGAACUGUGUGUAAGCAUACUAACACCAAGCAUUUAUGUAUUUGGCAAUAAUUGUGACCAUAAUUAUAUUGACUUGCUCUUAGCGAUACCCGAGAUGUUAAAAAAAAAAGUUGAUCUCUUGAAAGUUCAAUUAAAUAUUGUUUCAAAAAAGGUGCUGUCAACUUUGGAAAUAUUAUAGUUUACUGUUUUGAGUUCCCAUUGUACAGAAAUUAACAGCCAUGUUGGUCUAGAAACGUUAAACUUAAAUUUUUUUCUAUCUGUACAGAGAUACCGCAUUAAAUGUGUAAAGUCUUACCCAUGUGGGUUUUAUUACAGAAACCAAUAAAGUGUUCUCUAAAUAAUGAAAAAAAAAAUCUACUGAGUUAAUAAAAUCUUUCAUUUUCUACCAUGUGUUCUAAAGUAUAAAGUGUUACAAAGAAGUAGGACUUAGUGGUGCAUGUCCGUAAUCCCAGCACUCUGAGAGGCUGAGGUAGGAAAAUUCCAAGUUCAAGCCCAGCCUAGGCAAUUUAGUCAUUUAGAGAUAACUUGUCUCAAAAGAAAUAAAAACUUUAAAAGGGCCGAAUGAAGUUGUAGCUAAAUGCACCAGCCCUGUGUUCAAUACCCAUCACUGCCCCCUCCAAAGAAAUAGUUUACAAAGAGUAACUUCUCAGUUUUUAGGCUGUAAAGUUUAGAUACAUUGAGAAAUUAUCCCAACCUAUAAUGGAUUAAACCCAGGAAGGCAAAAGAUUAGUGCCAGUUGGGCCACUAGAAAGUUUUCUGGGAGUAGGGUCAAAGUGGGUAGAAUGAAAAAACAAACUAUAGUACAUAAACAAAAAAGGAAAUUAAAGGAUUCAGUACAUCGAAAAAUGCUAAAGAAUUUAGAAAAGUGUAGCCUGGACUGGUGGGGCACAAAUCUGUAAGCCCAGCACUACAGGAGGCUGAGGCAGAGAGACUACACAUUCAAGCCCAGCCAAUUUAGCAAUUUAGCGAGAUCCCACCUC